AUGCAGGCGAACAUCGACUCAGACCCUAUCUUCCAGGAGAUGAACCACAGCCACCUGUCUGCGCAGACACCAAUCUACUACACCCCGAGGAUCAUGCGAGAAGAGUAUGUCGCGACACCAGGAGCACCAGGCGCGAAGUUGGCGACUCCAGACUACUUCUUCGAUGACAGCGCGACACCAUCAUAUGCUCACAGGCAAGACUCCGGUCAAGCUUCACCGCCGUACUUUUGCGAGUCCCCUCGUAUCCAUGAGAGUGAUGAGGCCUUGCCACAAGGGGCUCCAGAUGCGGAUCACGAGAUGGCCGAUUCAGGUCCGUUCGGUUGUGAGACACCUGGCGCGUACGAGCAAGAGCAGCUGGAGGCCGUGGCGGAUGUGGCUGCAGGGACGAACAACCACCCUGCCGAAGAUUUGAGGGAUAGCAGAGUAGAUAUCCCUCUGCAAGAAGAAGAGCCCAAGGACGUAAGCAACUUGAAGCCAAUCGUGCUCAAGACUUUCCAAGUCAAGAAGAAGAAGAAGUCGAAGGUAACCGACCCCGAGGCAGACAUCACUUGCACCGUCGAGGUCAUCACCUGGUCAUGGUUCAUGAACCUCCCACUUGAGGUGCGAAACCGCAUCUACGGCUACUACUUCUUCCCAGAAGGCAAGGACUGGGCUCCACGUCCGAACUUCCGUGGCAAGAGCAAGUGGCGCGUGAAGAUCCCUGCUUUGUUGCAAAGCGACCCCUACAUUCGCAAAGAGGCGAUCAGCAUCUACUACAGCGAGCUCAAGGUUUCGGGCAAGACUGCGACAGAUCUUGUCCCGUGGCUGAAGUCGAUCGACCCGAAGGCAAGGGGAGCCCUGAGCGACAUCACGAUCCAGUACGAUGACAAGGACGCGGACAAUCUUCCGGAUGCCGUCGUGAGAACUCGCUUCACGGAUAGGUGCUGCAAGACAUUGGAGCAGGCAGACGUCAGAGUGAAGAGGGCCGCAUUCACCAGAAUCUACCUGGGCGAAGGCGGAUGGUUGUAG